AUGGCGGCCGUGAGGCGGGACGGGCUGGGGGCGGCCCACCCUGAGGGGACGGGCGGCAGCGGCUGUGGGCGCCUUCAGGUGCCCGCCGGACUUACAGUGCUUCAGGGGGUGAAUGGGUGGACAUACCAUUAUUCAGACACAAACAUGACCUACAGGGAAGCAGAGCUGUGGUGCAGAAAGAAGUAUACCAACCUGGUUGCCAUCCAGAACAAGGAGGAAAUCAAUCAUCUCAAUACCUUCUUACCCUUCAAUCCGGGUUACUACUGGAUUGGAAUCAGAAAAAUUAAUGGUGUGUGGACCUGGACUGGAACUAACAAAGAACUGACAGAAGAAGCAAGAAACUGGGCUUCAGGGGAGCCAAAUGGCAAAGGGAACAAUGAGGACUGUGUGGAGAUCUACAUCAAAAGAGGGAGGGAUGAUGGCAAAUGGAAUGAUGAGCAGUGUGAGAAGAAGAAGGUUGCCUUGUGCUACACAGCUUCUUGCAACCCAUCUCUCUGCAGUGGCCGUGGAGAAUGCAUAGAGACCAUCAACAACCACACCUGCCAUUGCAACCCUGGCUUCUAUGGGCCUGAAUGCGAGUUUGUUGAGAGUUGUGAUCCACUGGAGAAACCUGACCAUGGGAGCCUUGAGUGCCACCAUCCAUUGGGGGAUUUCAGCUACAACUCGUCCUGCACAGUUCAGUGUGAGGAGGGCUAUGAGCUGACUGCACUGGAGUCUGUGCACUGUACCUCUGCUGGGCUCUGGUCUGCCCCCCUUGCAGCAUGCAAAGUCAUACAGUGUGAAGCACUGAGCUCUCCUGAGAAAGGCUCCAUGGACUGCUCCCACGGGGCUGGGAUGUUCACCUACAACACCUCCUGCCACUUCAGCUGCCUGGAAGGAUGGAGUCUCAAUGGCUCUCGUGUUUUGGAGUGCAGCCCCUCAGGAAACUGGAGUGCCAGCCUGCCCACAUGUGAAGCUUCUGACCAAGCCAGCUACAUCUCUGUGGGCAUAGCAGCCACCUCUGCCUCUCUGCUGUCCACAGCAUCAUUCCUCCUUUGGCUCGCAAGGCGCUUCCGGAGAAAAGCAAAGAAGUUUAUUCCUUUCAGGGACUGGCAGGAAACAGCCAGUGAGGGUAGCUUCCAAAGUGCUGGCGAGAAUGUCUAA